AGGCUUGGAAAAAGCAGAGAUCCCUUAACCAUGAUUCCCUUCAAAGUAUCUUUCCUCUUCCUCAUCCUCUACCCAUGGUAUCAAUCUUUCACUCGGACCCAACUACAGUUCUGAUUUCUCCAACCCUGGCGCCAACAACUUGGAAAUAGAUGUCUUAGCCCGAAAAAAAAUUCAAAAUUUUCUAAAUCUAUGGACGUUCCACGCCGCUCUUUUGCUGCGUCUCUCUCGCCUCUCCGGCUGAUAGAUGGACUCCCGCGUCGGAGGAGUUUCAAUUAUAAUCAAAUGCCUGAAGAGCCCAUCAAACUCACCGUUCUCAAACUUGAUGGAUCUUCCUUUGGUAUUCAAGUGUUGAAAACAGCCACAGUAGGGGAGCUCAAGAUGGCUGUAGAAGCUGCGUUUUCUCACUUGCCCAUCACAGGCCCUGGCAAGAUCUCAUGGCCGCAUGUUUGGGGACAAUUCUGCUUAUGUUAUGAAGAUAAAAGAUUAAUUAACGAGGCUGAGUACCUCAUUGAAUUCGGCAUCAAAGACGGAGAUCAGCUUCGAUUCAUCCGCCAUAUCUCAAACUACUGCAUGUUGAUGGUGAAGCAGAAGAGCAAGACACCACGUGUUUCUUCUUUGAAACAACUCAAACUGUUCUCAACUAAACCCGAAACCCGGAAAACUAAGGUGAGGGAAGGUCAAGAAGAUGGUGUUGAUUCCAUCCCUCGGAUCCACCAACCAAGCUUUGUAGCGACUGUAUUAGGAGGUUGGCUAUCUCACAAGUCGACCCCAAGUCAACGAGGUAGUAAACACAGAAACAUGACCGCAAGUAGAGUUUUUAAUAACCUCAUCGCAAGGUUUCGUUUCAAGUGUUACUCGGAGAAGGAUGUGUGGAACAGAAAAAAACUCAUCUCGGAAACAUAAAAGAAAAAGAAUCUGCUCCCAUGAAACUUUCCUCAUUUGAUUCUUGUAGAGAUUUUGAUUUCCUAAUCUUCAACGUUUAUAUACCAACUUGGGUGUUGUGUGUGUGCCAAAAACAAUAAUGCAUUGAUUAUAUGUGUUUGCGUUUGUUUGUA